AUGGAUCACAGUGUUAAAGCCAUGAACAAUUCACAUAGGAAAUUAUUAUUUAGCCGGCUAUUAAAUCGUCACAGGUUCGAAAACGACGAAUUGGAAAUAUUGUACCAAAGGUACAUAUUCAAACUCCAAUAUGCGAGCGUCGUAAGCGUCAUCGGCCUUUUUAUAUUGCUGACGGGAAUAUUGGCGAGUUUCAGCAUUGCCUUCGCUCAAGCACCGACAGCGCAAAACAUAUACAACGGCGUUCACUGUUUGUUGUUUGCUCUACUAUUAGGUUUUCUAAACACCAAACUCAUGCAAGAUGCAUAUCUCCUGUGGGUUUGUUACGCCAUAUUGUUUUUUUGCGGAACUUUUUGCGCCGUGAGUUUGCCACUUUCGCCCGACGAGUCUUUUCAAACGGCUUUGAAAGUUGAAACGAAAAGAGUCGUGGCAGAAGGGGUUUGGCAGGUCGUUUUCGCCAUUUUCAUUGCUUACGGUUUGAUGCCUUUGAAAGCAUGGAUCGCAGCUCUUUUCGGUAUCACUUUGCCAAUCGUACACGUUACUGUUUCCACGAUAUUUGCAAAAGAAUUUCCUCAUUUAAUGUGGCAGCAGAUAUCAGCAAACACGUUGAUAUUUCUCUGCGUCAACAUAAUCGGAAUAUUGAUGCAUAAUUUGAUGGAACACGCACAAAGGAAAGCGUUUUUGGAUACCAGAAAUUGUAUUGCGGCCAGACUGGAAAUGGAGGAUGAAAACGAAAAGUUGGAACGUUUGCUUCUUUCCGUGUUGCCCCAGCACGUUGCCAUGGAAAUGAAAGCUGACAUUAUGUCGCCGGUCGAGGGGCAGUUUCACAAGAUCUAUAUACAGAGGCACGAAAACGUUAGCAUACUUUUUGCCGACAUCGUGGGUUUCACAGUUUUGGCAUCUCAAUGCACAGCACAAGAAUUAGUUAGAUUGUUAAACGAAUUAUUCGGUCGUUUCGAUCAAUUAGCAAACGAUAAUCAUUGUCUAAGAAUAAAAAUAUUAGGCGAUUGUUAUUAUUGCGUUUCCGGUUUACCCGAACCUAGAUCGGAUCAUGCUCAUUGCACCGUCGAAAUGGGUUUAGACAUGAUCGACGCCAUUGCGUCUGUCGUCGAAGCCACGGAUGUUCAAUUGAACAUGCGAGUAGGUAUUCAUUCCGGAAGAGUUCUUUGCGGAGUUCUCGGAUUGAGAAAAUGGCAAUACGAUGUUUGGUCGAACGAUGUGACGUUAGCGAACAAUAUGGAAGCCGGAGGAGAACCCGGGAGAGUACACAUCACUCAAGCCACGUUGGAUUAUCUGGGGGGUGAAUACGAAGUUGAACCCGGUCACGGAAAUACGAGGAAUCAAUAUUUGCUAGACAACAAUAUCACAACAUAUUUUAUUAUUCCCCCUUCUAGAAGGAGAAAGCCGCUUUUGUUCAACACUCUUCAAGUUCGAUCAGCUCUAGGAGCAGCUCAACGUCGUAAAUUGUCAUUUAAAAACGUAUCGAAUGUCGUUGUUCAAUUACUUCAUUCAAUUAAAUACUCAAUGGAAGUACCAUUCAGCAAUAUAGGCCAACCGGAUAUUAAAUGUAAUUCAAGCAGAAAGGUUUUCGAUCUCCAAAGAGCUUUACAUUCGGAUUUAAACGAUGCCGGAGGAUCGGAUUCAUUGGAUAUUCGGGACGUAACUAAUAAGAAUAAAAUAACGGAUAAACUUCGGAGGCCUUUUAAAAAACGUCAUUCGAGCGUUUAUCAUCAGCCCAGUAGUAGAGUCAAUAAAUAUUUAGCUCAAGCAAUCGAAGCAAGAUCGGUCGAUAGGGAAAAAUCAACUCACGUGUCUCUUCUCACGCUUUGUUUCAAGGAUAAAGAAAAAGAAAGUCAGUAUCACAGUGACGGUGAUGUUAGUUUUAGCAGUUCGUUAACGGGUGCCCUCAUUUUACUCCUCCUGACGGGUGGUUUACAAGCCAUUGUUUUACCCCGAACAAUUAUUUUGUUGUUACUUUUUUUGACUGCCUUUAUAUGGGUUGCGGUUGUUCUCAUGCUUUUGCUCGCCGUAAGAUUGAGAUGGAUCGUGUGGGACAUUUCCGAAAGUUUUAUACUUCGGAUAGCCAUAACGAUAUUCACGAUCAUACUCUUGUACGCAGUAUCUCAGGUUAACGUGUUUACUUGCGUUUGGGACACUUCAUGCUCAACUUCUACGACGAACGUUACACUAGACGUUAACAGUUACACGGAUCACAGAGCUUGUCCGAUACCGCAUUAUAUUGUUUUGUCGGCUGCUUUAAGUUUUUUAUCCGUGCCUCUGUUUCUCAGGCUUCCCAUAUUAAUAAAGACUGUAUUGCUUGCUAUUAUGGCGACGGUUUAUGUUUUACUAAUAAUAGCAAGUCAUCAAGAAAUAUUUAUUUGCUACGACAAACGCGUAGGUUCUACCAUACCUAUUGCCAUUGUUAGUUUAGUUCAAGUUCUCAUGUUUGUUUUGGCCGUCGUCGUUCACGGGCGUCAAGUUGAAUGGACGGCGAGAUUGGAUUUCUUGUGGCAAAUACAAGCGACGGAAGAAAAAAGAGAAAUGGACACGCUCCAGCACAGCAACAAAAGGAUAUUGUUUAAUCUUCUUCCCGCUCACGUCGCAACUCAUUUUCUGGAUAAUCAAUUCCGUUCGAAUAUGGAUUUGUAUCAUCAAUCGUAUCAUAGAGUCGGCGUAGUUUUUGCUAGCAUCACAAAUUAUCACGAGUUCUACGUGGAAUUAGAUGGAAACAAUCAGGGAGUGGAAUGUUUGAGAUUGUUAAACGAAAUCAUCGCAGAUUUUGACGAGCUUUUGGGCGAAGAUCGUUUCAAAUCCGUUGAUAAAAUUAAAACUGUCGGAUCCACUUACAUGGCUGCCGUCGGUUUGAUGCCAGAAUUUAGAAUUUUGGAUGAAGAUGGAGAUUACAGUGCCGGGAGACAACUAUCAACCCUCGUGGAAUUCGUUUUUGCCAUGAGAGAGAAAUUAAUCGUUAUAAAUGAUAAUAGUUACAAUAACUUUAUGUUAAGAGUCGGAAUAAAUGUUGGUCCCGUCGUGGCAGGUGUUAUUGGCGCCAGAAAACCACAGUACGACAUUUGGGGUAAUACUGUUAACGUAGCCAGUAGAAUGGAUUCCACCGGAUUGCCCAAUCACACUCAGGUCACUGAAGAAGUUUAUCAGAUUCUUAGAAACUAUCCUUACGAAUUUCAAUGUCGUGGUAAAGUCAAAGUCAAAGGAAAGGGAGAUAUGACGACAUAUUUUUUGACCGAUCGAAAACAACCAGGAACAUUGCGCGUGGAAGAAUUGUCUCACAUGAGAUCAGCUAAUAGUGUAGCUGCUGGCAGCAUGUACGGUGGAGUGGCGACACCUUUGGCCAUGCUUCACGGAGCCGGUGAUACUCCUCCUCGACGCAUAAUUCGACCACUUAUGAGCGAUCCAACGAGGAGAGAACAACGUUUGCCCGCCGUCAGAGAAACAACACAUUGUGACAAUUCGAAUCACAGACGACCCGAAUGCGAACCCCUUUUACCCAUCACCAAUCCAGGUGUUAAAAUAAUGCCGAAUUCUAACGUAGGAAAAUUCAAUUACACGAACAAUUUCAACGACUCAUCUUACAACAACGGAGUUUCUGUCAAUUAUAAUUUUAAUAAUUCUAAUACCCCGAAACCUUUCGAUACUCCCAAAUCGAAAUUAGGUCACUUGGACAAUUUGAAUUGCGGUAAUAAUUUCAACAGCAAUAAUACAAGUAGUAGCAGUAGCAUUAAAAAUAAUAUAUCCGGAAAUAGCACAAACGGUUUCGGUUACAAUCAAGGAAUGUAUUCGAAUAAAGGAAAUGGAUUUUUCAACAUAAGGUUAAAUGGUCUCGCUUCACAAAACGGAACAUCCGAUAAUAAUCCACUUCCGCUUCCGCACAAAUCGUUUAAAUGUUCGCAGUCUUCGUCUUCAAGUUACACUGCCAAUCUUUGGUCUGGUUCGAACAGCAACAACAACAACAGCAACAGGGUUUUUAAUAAUUUACAAAAUAGUAGCGAACCAUACACGAAGCCUUUACCGAAACCUCCUGGGCCUCCAAUACGGCAAAGAUCAACUUCUUCGUCUCAAGGACAUUCCUUUCUACCACCACUUUCUACAAAAGAGCUCAGGUUGGCAGGACGGAAAAAAAAACCUUUUAAGUAUUCGAAGGGGAAAGAUGAAAAGAAAAAACUUCAAAGACAUUAUUCGGAUGAAAGCAUUCAAGGGACUUCAUUGUUUUCAUCUCCUGCAAAUUAUAGAAUACAUUCUUCGGCUGACGAAAUUAGUAGCCUUAACAGGUCGCCGAGCCUUAGUUCCAGUGAUGAAAGUUUCAGUAAAACUACAGAUGCUUCUCAUAGUCCUAGUCCUCCACCAAAUUCCAAAUCUGCCAAGGACAUGCCAGAAAAAUGGUUAUAUCCAUCAGAUAUUCAAGUUAAUCCUUGUUCCUCGCCCGAGCAUUCCCCUAAAACUUCUCUCGAUUUCGGCAUGAUGCCACAAAAGUAUUUAACUCCGCCUGCGCCUUCAAGACAAUCCAAUUCUUCUCCUCACAGCAAUAUUGUCAAAGAACCUCUUCCUCCGGCUACAUUACUCGCUUUGGCUGCUGGUACCACGAGCACGAUAGACACAACCAUAGGAGACGAAGAUACUCUCAAUUACCUCGGUGAUAGUUGCACAAGUUUCGAAUACAUCGCACGAAACAAAGGGAAAAAAUCUCUCGGGAAAGGUUUAAAUUCUCAGAACGACCAUGGGAAACCGGCCAACGGAAAAUUGCAAUCCGUUAAAUCCAACAUCCCGACGAAAAUAACCACGAACGGAACCGGAGGACGAUCCAAGCGGAAGUUACCGAGUUUGGAAAGAAAACAAAAAGACAAAUGGAGUUCAUCGAGAGAAAACUCAUUGGACAAAGACAGAUCUCCGAAAAAGGAAAAAAUGUCAAAUUUAGAUGUGGGCGAAAGAUCUCCGAGUUUGGAAUUGGAAGAAACGAGAUCGAGAUCGGCAUCGAGUGGUAAAUCGUCUAAAAAGGAUAAUUCUAGUCAAACGGAAAAAAGGGAUUUGAAGGAAAUGGAAAAAAUUCUUUUGGAUCACCGCGAAGAAAAAGAAGACGUUAAAAAUCAAGCAGAAGACAACAACAUAUUGGGCGAACAAAAUCUGUUGAAAAACAUGAAGGAAAAAACGGAUUGCAAAAAGGAUAUAAUGUCUCUAGAAGAAUUGAAAAACGUCAACGAUGCUCUAAUUGAAUUGGGACAAGAGAAUUUGUUGACGAGUGCGAGGGAUUUGACUCCUUUGGUACUUGGAAGGUGCGUAAGUUUAAGUCCGAAACCUCCCGUGUCUCUUUCGGAUAUAUUAAAAAGUAGUUUCGAAAGGAGAAAUAAAAAAUUUGAAGAUCAGAUAAGCAAAGAAUCCGGUAUAUAUGGUAAAAUAAAAAAUGUCAACUUGGAAAGGAAAUCGAGUUUCACGUUUAAAAAUAAAUUAGAACCGGUGCAAGUGAAAAAGGGAAGCAACAGCGCGGACAGGAAGCGGAAAGAUAAAUCCGUCGAUAGGUCGGACGAUUAUCAGAAUUUAAAAACGGAAGAAUUAGAAUUGCUUUUGGUCAAUUGCGACAGGAAUCCAAAAAGUGGAAAAAGGUCACCGGGUGUCGAUAAAAAAUUAACGAGGUUUUUAACGAUCGAAAGAAAAGCAGCAGAACAAGAACAAAAACUUCUCGCUUCAAGUCCGGAAAGAAGUUCUCCAUUCACCAACAGGAAAAUAUUGAGCCGUGAAAAUUCUCUCAGUAGGAAAAAAGAAAGGCCCGUGGGUUUUCACGAGGAACAAUUGUUGAAAAAAUUUCAAUCCGCCGAUACGUUCGAAAGAAAAGAUUCGUUCAAAGGACGAAACAAGUCGAACGCGGAAAAUAAAAUGAAAAACGAAGAAAACGCGAUGGACGGAAGGGAUAAAUCCGGGGAAAGCACUCUGGUAUCGACGAAAAAGGGGAAAGAUAAAAAUAACGUAAAAUUACCCGUUUCCGCUUUGAUGAUGACAACGGCGACGUCAUUUCCGUUGAAUAAAGAAUUUUCCUCGGAAGAGGAUUUGAAGUCUCCGAUAAGCGUUAAAGAAUUUUCAACGUGUUUUGCGAGAGCGUCACAAAUCGGAGGCUGCGUUUUACCGCAGAAACAAACCAAAGAAAAAAAACCGGAUGCGAAGGAGAGGAAAAUUCUUCAAAAUAAAGAACCGAGCGAGUACACGUCGAGGAGCGAAAUUGAUCAGGAUGAUAGUUUGUUCGACAACGUCGAAAGGUUAUCGAACAAUAAAAGUUUGGAUUCGGAUGGUAAAGCAAUUGAAGAAGAAGAAGAAGAAGAUCAAAAGCGGGGUUUGGGUAGGAAAAAUUAUUUAGACGAAAGAGGAGGUUUGGGAGAAACGAGUCAAUCGGAAUGGUCGGAAGAAGAUGAUAACGAAGGUGGAGCAUCCGAACCUUUGCUCCCCGACAGAGAAUCCACGGGUUACACGACAGACGAUCCGGCUCUUGAAAAUUUAUCAAUGUUAAACGAAGCCGGAUUAACGGAUGCCGAAGCGGCUUUGAGCGACGUCAAUUCCGUUUUUAACGAUCCGGAAGAGGGCGUCGAUAACGAGGAUAACACGAGCAUGUCGUCGCGAGCCUCGUCUAGAAUAUUCGAUUCGGAUGCUAUAAUGUCGUUGGAUUCGAUGUCGGCACUCUACGACAGCGAAUACGAUAAUUACAGGACGGAAGACGAACUUCCGGUCAGUCAUUUGGAUUAUUUCGCGUCCGCGGAUGCCGACAUCAAUUUGGCUAACAUAAGAUCGAUGUCGGAGAGCAUAACGAGAAAUUUCGGACAGCCGAAAAGCGAAACGGAUCUCGAUAGUGACGUGUGA